AUGCCUGCGGCCGCGCCAAUCAUCGCGUCGCGUAGCGUGCUAUCCAGUCGCUAUGCCGGCCAUUUGGGAAUAGUGGGGAACGAUUGCGAAGCAGCAGUAAACAGCAGCGUGCCAGCCUGGGGCACACGAGCGCUGCAGGCGCGGUCGUGGCGGGGGAGGCGGCAGCCACUGGGGAAGCACUCGGCGGCGCAGAGGCAGGGGGGAGCGGAACAGAAGCGCAAGGAGCAGCGGGCCAGGGGUCGCAAGAGCAGGGGGGAGGAGGGGUUGGGGGGCAAGGGGGGCAGGGGGGCCUUGACCGGAGCACAAGGGACAGCGGGAGCAGGAGGGUCAGGGGCCGCGGGAGCAGGGGAGGCAGGGGAGGCAGGGGGAGUGCCGGCGGGAGAAGCAGGGGGGGCAGGAGGAGGGGGAGCGGAAGGAGCAGGGGGCGCAGGAGCAGCGGAGCCGGAGCAGCAGCUGGCGGAGGCGUGGCAGCGCGCGUUGGAUGAGGCGGAGGUGGAGAUCCGCAAGCAGGCCAUCGAGAACGAAUUCCUCCGCUCCCAGCUGCGCGUGCUCGAAUGGCAGAUGAGCAACGGCGCGCUAGCAAGUUCCGCGCCUCCUGACGUGGACGGGCUGCUCUCCCCCUUCCUCCGCGCGCCUUCCCCCUUCCGCCACGGCCCUCUAGGCGGCUAUAGCGGCGUUUUAGGCGGAAGUCCGCAGAUAGUGGGGCUAGGCGGAGCAGCAGCCGUGGGUACUGGUGGUGCUGCUCCUGCUGUAGUGGGUAUAGGUGGGGCUGAAGGGGCAGUAGGGGUAGGGAGAGGCGGAGGGAUUAUGGCUGCUGUAGCAGCAGCUGUAGCACCAGGAAUGACUGGUGGUAACGGUGGUGGGAUGGGGGGGCUGCUAGGAUCCGAUCAGGUGGUUACUGGGGAAGGUGGUAUUGGGAAUUUUGGCGGGAUGGUAGGGGACGGAGCAGGGGGAGGAGGAGGCGGAGGAAUGGGAGGAGGAGGUGGAGGCGGAGGAGGAGGGGGAGGCGGAGAGGACUUAGAGGCAGCUCUGUUGGAGCGACUGCUGCAGAAGUUGUCUGUGAACGGUUCGCUGGCUGCUGGUGUGGCGCAGGCAGCAGGGGGAGGCGGAGCUGGCGGAGGCGCAGGUGGAGGAGGGGGGGUUGACGCAGGGGGAGGCGGAGGGGGAGAAGGAGGGGGACUGGGGGCAGGAGGGGAGGGUGGUGGAGCAAAUGGGUUGAUGAACGGAGGGGUGGGGGGCGGGCUGACGGGGCAUGUCCUGGAUGGGGAGCGUGACAGCCUGGCGUUGACUCCGUUUGACCGGCAGUCGCUGACUGUGCACCCCUCCAACUCCACGUCAUCACGCCAGCUGGCUUCUCUGCAGCCCUUCACAAACGACUUGACUCGGUCGACAGGUGGGGCGGCAGCGUCCGGCCCUAGUGGGUCGGCGGGCGGCGGAGACAGGUCCGUGAACGUGGGCGAGCUGAUGCAGCGCGUGGCCUCGUUGGAGGAGCAGGUUCGCAGCAAAGACAAGCUGCUGGCUGCUGCUCAGGCGCGGGAGGCACAGCUGCAGGCGGAGAAGCGGUCGCUGGAGCGCCGGAUGUCAGAGCUGCGGCUGGCAUUCGACGGGCAGCAGCAGAACUUGAUGGGGUCGGCCCAGAAGGCCAUGGGGUACCGCCGGGACGUGCUGGAGGAGAACGUGCGCCUCACGCGCGCGCUUGAGCGAGCGGAGCAUGACCGCAUGCUAUUCAUAACCACGCUCACGCCACUGGCAGGGGAGUUUGGCCUCUCCGCCACCGCCUCUGCCGACUCGCACCACAUGCUGCUCUCUGUCAAGUCUGUGCUGCAGCAGCUGCUCACCCGAACCACUCGCAGCAACGAGCAGGGCGGGCAGUCAGCCCCUCUCCCCACGCUCUAUGGCACCACAGACCCCACGCUCUCUGCUCUGCUGCUCGCCAGUGGCGCCAAACCCAACAGCCCCUCCCUCGCACCAAACCCCCUCUCUUCCGCUGCUGCGCUCUCUGCUGCUGCCUCGCCUCUCCGAGCCUUGGCUGGGCUGGUGCCCCCUGCUGCUGCACCUGCUGGUGGUGAUCCUCUGCUGCUGCGGUGA